AUGACAUCAAAAGAUUUGACAAAACCAUUCUAUUAUGGAAAUAAUAAUGAAUCUAUUGAAAGUUUCAUGGCCGAUUACGAAGGAUAUGCUGCAAUGAAAGAUUGGGACGAUGCGAAGAAAAGAUUAGUAAUUGGACUCCAUGUUGCAGAACCACUUCGCGACUGGGUCAGAAAUAUUGUUGAAGCCAAGAACACAUGGGAAGGAAUUCGUCAGGUCAGUCAAAGCGAUCAAGAAGCAAAAGACACGAGUAGAAUUGAUAAGUUGGAAUUUAGUAUAAGUAAACUUACUAAAGUCGUCAAGAAUAUGUCAAACAAUAAGAAUCAAUAUACACGAAAUCAACCAAGAGGCUCGUCACAAACUAAUUGGCACCAAAGGCAAGGUCCUGAAAGAGUGUUGGCAGCAAUAUCUAAAAAAUCGGAUGACUUAAAUAAAAGAGAAAAAGGGAUUGAUAAGGAAAAUAUGAAUAUUAGUGGUGCUGAUGUCCGAUAUUUUGAAGCAUCCGAAACUUCUCAUAAUGAUGGAACAGAAUUUCUUAAAAUCGAAAUGGCAAAAGGAGAAUCGAUUUUUGAUGUAAGAAAUUGGAAUUUGCGAAAGCGAAAAAUUCCCGAGACCGAAGUUAGGCACCAAUCACACAACGGUGAAAGUGAUGAAUUAAAAAGUCUAUGUAAUAGAUUAGUUAACGGCACAAAGAACACGAGUUCUGUGAAGAUUAAAGAAAUUAAACCAAUAGCUGAAGAAGAAUUACUAAAAAGCUAUUGUGGGAAUGUAGUAUAUUGGAAUAACUCACAUGAAUGUGAAGACGAAAUGAUCAAGACACAAAUGUCUGAAGUAAUCAUGCGAUUAACAAAAGAUAGAAUGAAUACUUUAAACAUUAAUAAUAAAAUUUCUAAUCAAGACCAGAUGUAUUUAGAAACU